AUGACUGAAGAUGGGUAGGCAGAGGGUGGGAGGGAAAGACGGUAAUACAGAAGAAGAGAGGUGGUGAAAGUGGGUGAGUGAGAGAUGGGCAGGGAGGUAUAAAGAGAGGGAGGGAGUAAUAUAAGAGAGGCAGCCAUAGAGGGAGAGGUGACAGAGUAGAUUAUCCUCUCCUCUCUGCCAGUCUCGUCAUGUUCAUCCUGCAGAUGUUGACUGUUAUCUCACUCACUGUGGUCUUCCUGGCAUCUGUAGAAGCUAAUGGCGUGCAGAUGCAGAGGGAUGUCCAGUGUUGCAUGCUGUACUCCAUGGGCAAGGUGCGUCCCAAAGACGUGUUGCGACUCUACACAAAAAAGGCGGUGAAAUGUGCGGACCCCAGAGAUCGGAAGGUGAAGCGGUUGCUGAGAAAGCUCAUGCGAAGACAGAGAACCAAGGCUCCCAUGUGGCACACUUCUCGUGACAACCUACCCGUCAUGUCAGAGUCUCCGUCUCACUGGGACCAGAUCUGGGCAGCAAUACAUCUUUAAAGGCUUUAGAUAUUUACACAUGAACUGUGCUUGAAAUAUUCCCAACGUGCGACUGGAGCAGUCUCCAUAGAGAAGUGUUAUCUGUAAGAUAAGUUGCAACGAUUUUCUUUAAUGGCUUAUACUGUUAUUUGCCAGAGUCUGCCUGAAAGUGUCUCCCUCUACUACAACAUAAUCACUUGUGGCCGAUGUGAGUUCAGUUGUACUGAAGCGAGCGUUGACAUUUAUAUAUUAUAGCAGCAAGAUAUUCUGUGUUUUUUGUGACUUGUAUACCUUAAACAUGUAAUGACACUUCACACAGUAAAGUAGGUAGGAUUUUGUCACAAUCAGCUGUGCGAGGAUAUUGGGAAGCUUAUCUGUAAUAUGAACUUGCACCUUGUUUAACUUUCUUGGUUAUUUGUAAUAGGGUUUAGAUAUCUUCUUUUAGGCUAAAAUUGACUGUUGAUUAAGAUAAAAGUGAGGAUGUCAUCUGUAUUCAAAUGUUCUUUGUAACAGAAGCAAAAGCUCUAUGUUCUUUUUGCAUAUUGACUGUUAGAAAACUUUUAACCUGUCUUUUAAAAUAAGGCCCUCAGGCAUCAAUGACAGAUUUGAAUAUCUUUAAAUGACUUAGCAGUUUACAUGUGUCUUUUUCAUCACAAAACUAUGCCAAAGUAAUCAUGAUUCAAUCCACUUCGUGGCCAGGCUGUUAAAACUUAGAGGGCUCAAUUGUGUGUACAAUGCACAUGCAUUGUAUGGUAGAAAAAUGCACUGUAUCUUAAGUGAAAUAUUUUAUAAAUUAAUCUGAGUUUAAAACUAUAAGAA